UCAAAAAUAUGAUAGAAAUUUACUGUUUUAAUGAAGUGUGCAAAUUAUGAAUGAUAUGCCAUUCCUCUUUAUGUUUGUCUUGCUUGUUUAUGUAAUAGUACCUCAGUGAAUGGGAAUAUAUAAAGCUUUAAAAUGAUUAUUCAAGAACCAGUUCAGGCAGCUGUUUGGCAUGCUUUAAAUCACUAUGCGUUUGAAGAUGCAAUUUUCAUUGGCGAGAGACUAUUUGCUGAAGUGGAUUCAGAUGACACGUUGCACCUUUUAGCUACUUGUUAUUAUCGUGCAGGAAGGACUGCUGCUGCAUAUUCCCUUUUAAAACGUAAAGGAUGUCGAAGUCCUCAAUGUCGUUUUUUAUUUGCGAAAUGCUGUUUUGAUUUGAAAAAAUUUUCAGAAGCUGAAUUCUCCAUUACUGGGAAUGCUGUUGCAAAACCUAGAAGUCUGGAUGAAAUUGUAACUGAAUUUGGUGAUUUCUCUUCUUUUGCAAUUCAACUCUUAGGCCAUGUGUGUCAUAAAACUUCAAGAGAUACCAAAGCUGCAGAAGCUUACAGGAAAAGCUUGAAGUUAAAUCCGUUUCUGUGGUCUUCGUAUGAAUCUCUUUUAAGUUUAGGUGAAAAGCCAGAUCCUAGACAGAUAUUUAAUAUCAGCAAUGUUGAUCACCUAUCACUAUGUCAUGGCACUAACCCUUUAGUAAAUUUAGUAAAUAAAACUUCUGUGCCAAAUAAUGUAAAUUAUAUCAAAGAAACUCCUGUUGUAUGCAAUGAUAUCAUGCAGGAAUCUAGUCAACUUUCUAGUAAAAUACAAAUUGUUCCUGUGUCACCAAUUCCAUCAAUCUACAGCAGUCAGUCUCCUUUAGCGUUCAUCAGAUCAACUCCAGAUGUUGCUAUCGAAGUUUAUACACCUGAAAAUAACUCUUGGGUUCCUUUUCCUACGUUAGCUAAGAAAAAGAUUUCAAAAAAUUGUAGAAAUUUAUUUGGUACUCAAGCUUCACAUUCCCCUAUCACACCCUGUUUUGGCAUCUUACCCCUGUCAACUCCAACUUCAAAUCAAGACCAUGAAGUUCCAGGUUCUGAUAAAUCCUGUUUGAAAAAGACACCAAUGACUAGGAGAAGUCAAGAAGGAAAUCCACCAAAAUUUCAAAUUUUUAGUCAAUCUGGAAACAAUAACAACAGCAAUACAACUAUACCUCAAACACCUCAAGCCAGUUUGUCUCAAGUGGCUCCACAAUUUGAUUCAGUUGUAAGAAGAAGUAAACGAAUCUUCAGCCAUUCUAAUUCUGUCAAGGAAAAUAAUAAAAGUUCUUCCAGAAACAGACUAAUAUCAACAAAAACUCCUUCUAAAAAAACUAAAGCGCAUUCAACACGAACAUCUAUGUGUGAACCGAAAGAAAGUGAACUGAAUGAAAUUAAUAAGUCUGAUAUUCAGUGCGAAAAUAAGUUAUCUAAUUCUGUAUCUAUAAUGCAAGCAGCUUUGAGCAUGCAAAAAGCCUCAGCAGAAGGUUUGAUGCAGUUGCUUCAAGAAAUGGGUAAAGCCCAGUAUUAUUUGAGCCAGUAUCGAUGCAAAGAAGCAAUUGAAAUUUUGAACAGUCUUCCUCCCCGUCAUUUUGAUACAGGAUGGGUUCUUACUACUUCAGGAAGAGCUCAUUUUGAACUAGCCGAGUACAGUGAGGCAAUUUCAAUGUUUGAAGAAGUCAGGCGUUUGGAACCUCAUAGAAUCCAAGGAAUGGAAUAUUACAGCACAGCUCUAUGGCAUCUUCAAAAAGAGGUUCCUUUAUCUGCAUUGGCCCAAGAAUUGACUGAAUUUGAUAUCAAAAGUCCACAAACAUGGUGUGCUGCUGGAAAUUGUUUCAGUCUUCAAAAAGAACAUGAAACUGCCAUUAAAUAUCUCCAGCGAGCUGUUCAAGUUGAUGACAGUUUUGCAUAUGCUUAUACUCUCUUGGGACAUGAGUAUGUUAUGACUGAAGAAAUGGACAAAGCCAUGACUUGUUUUCGAAAUGCUAUAAGGAUAGAUCCUAGACAUUAUAAUGCAUUGUAUGGAGUUGGUAUGAUCUAUUACAAGCAAGAAAAAUUUCAGCUAGCAGAAGCGCAUUAUAGACAAGCAGCUAAAAUAAAUCCUCAGAGCUCUGUACUUAAGUGCCAUAUAGGAGUGGUUUUGCAUUCCCAGAAACGAAUGCAAGAAGCUUUAAAAACAUUAAAUGAAGCAAUUGAAAUGGAUCCUAAAAAUCCUUUAUGUAAAUUUCAUCGAGCUUCAGUAUAUUUCUCUAUUGAUAAACAUGAAGAAGCAUUGAAAGAUUUAGAAGAACUAAAAGAAAUUGUUCCCAAAGAAUCCUUAGUCUACUUCCUGAUUGGAAAGGUUCAUAAAAAAUUAGGAAAUACGCACUUGACUCUUAUGAAUUUCUCUUGGGCCACUGAUCUUGAUCCUCGAGGUGCUAAUAAUCAAAUUAAAGGUGCUAUAGAUAAACAGUACACAAAUGAUGAAGAAGACAUAAUUGGAAGAGAUGAUAGAGCAAGUGUCAGCUCUGGCGUAGUCGAUCAUGAAUCUUCUCACGACAGUCCUAUGGUUGAUGGCCCUGAAUUUGAAGACAUCAGUGAUGAGAGCUUUUGAUAUUAAAUAAUAUAUUCAUUUAUUAAAUGUAUUGGUUAUUUGUUACCUUUUGUCAGAAAUGUUGUGGUCUGCUUUGAAAAGAACCUGGUUGAGAGGAAUAAAGCAUUGUUUUGCUUAUAAAAAAGGGAGAAAUGCAAAUAUUAGUUAUUAAAGACUGGCAACGCUACCAUUUUGUAAUGUUUUAUUGUUGAAUUAUGCAUAAAUUUUAUUUCUUUUGACUAGGUUCAUAUAUAUGUUGUGAUAUAAAAGAAGUUGCUUAGAGUGUAAGAUACGUUGUAGUAAUACUUUUUUGUACAGCAUCUGUUAUUUUUGUUUCACUUAACAGCUCUUUUAUUUUAUAGUUCAUUGUGCAAAAAAUAAAUUCAGCACAAAAAUUGUGUUUUUAUGGUUUUAAUCAAACAUGAGAUAAAAAUUUAAAACUUAUGUGUGUUCAAAUGUUGUUUACAUAAUUUUACUGUAACUUAAUUUCAUUCAAUAAAUCAAAAACUUACUUCUAA